AUGUUUCUCUUUCGUCCAUCGAAUAAUAACCAGCUUUUUGUUGCUCUUUCUCAAUGCAAUUCCAAUGAUGAACGUACCGAUGACGAUACAGAAGAAGUUGCUACAAAUCAAACAAACGCUAGUAAGAACAACAAAGAAUCACUAGAAACAUUGGAUCAUGGAGAAAAUGUAUCGGAUAAUGGAAUUGAAGAUGCUUUGACAUGGGUAGUACAUCAAAUUCCAACAUCGAUUGCUGAUCAAGAAUUACAAGCAUCGGAUAGUGAUGAUAAAAUAUUUACUACUAAAUUAGAGCAAUCCACGAUGUAG